AGGAAAGCCAAUCGCGGGAGGCACUCGGCGCAGCCGCACCCCAAGGCUCUGGGGCGGGGGUGUCACCCUGACCCGGCCGGUCCCGCUCCCGGGCUCCGAGGCUAUGGCCGGGAGCGGGCGGCUGGCGCUGCAGACGAUGCCCGGGCCUGGCUGGGUGCGGGGCUCUGGCCCCGCCGUGCUGAGGCGCCUGCGGGAUGCGGCUGUGGUGCGGCCCGGCUUCCUGAGCGCGGCCGAGGAAGAGACGCUGAGGCGCGAGCUGGAGCCGGAGCUGCGCCGCCGCCGCUACGAGUUCGACCACUGGGACGCGGCCAUCCAUGGCUUCCGAGAGACAGAAAAGUCUCGCUGGUCAGAGGCAAGCCGGGCCAUCCUGCAGCGUGUUCAGGCAGCCGCCUUUGGCCCAGGCCAGACCCUGCUGUCCUCAGUGCACGUGCUGGACCUGGAACCUCGGGGCUACAUCAAGCCACAUGUUGACAGCGUCAAGUUCUGCGGAACCACCAUCGCUGGCCUGUCCCUGCUGUCUCCCAGUGUCAUGCGGCUGGUACACACCCAGGAGCCUGGGGAGUGGCUAGAACUCUUGCUGGAGCCAUGCUCACUGUACAUCCUUAGAGACUCUGCCCGUUAUGACUUCUCCCAUGAGAUCCUUCGGGAUGAAGAGUCCUUUUUUGGGAAACUUCGGGUUCCCCGAGGCCGACGCAUCUCCGUGAUCUGCCGCUCCCUCCCUGAGGGGGUAGGACCAGAGGAGCCUGGGCAGCCACCCCCAGCCUGCUGACCCCCGGGCCCUUUGCCCAGCUUCUCAGGGACACUGUUUGUGAAUAAAGCUAGGAAAUGGACAAGGUGGCCUUCCUUGCACUGGCUGUUUGCUGGGGCUGGGAUCUGCAAGGGAAGCCCAGACCCUACCUGCCCACCAACCAGGAACUAAGAUGACAGGGUCAGGAGCACCCCACUGAACACAGAAUCACAAGACCCCAGGAUCAAUUUCCUUUAUUGUGUCCCUUGCUGGCAUCCCCAGCCCACCCCAUCUUCUCAUCAUCUGGGCAUCCAGGUCUCCAAUAAAUAAGUCAUCAGAUCUCUGGAGGAGUGGCUGCAGGGCCCCGUCUGGGCACCCUCAGCCACUGCAGCCGCAGGCAGCUGCUGAGAGCUGGGGCAGCCACUGCCAGCGGUGGUGAUCAUCCAGGAAGGCCACGUCAGCAUAGCGGGUGGGCUGGCAGCAGGGGCUUCCAUGUGCUCGGCCCUGGCUCCGCAGCCAGGCCAGCGUCAGGCUGUGCUGGGUGCGGGCACCUCGGGGACAACUGCCAGCACAGUAGCGGAAGAUGAUCGUCUCCUCCGAAGCAUAGCCCAGGCCCAGCUCCACCACUGGCAGGGCCAAGCUCUGCAGCUGGCAUGGGCCGGCCGGGGCUCGGCGCAGGCGGGCACCUGGGUGGGAACAAGGGGCAGUUGACAGUGGUCAGGGGUUGUCCGGGAAGGAGUUGGGGAGUCACGGGGUGCUGGGGGUCCUUACUCAGCUGUGCCUUCCAGGUCCCCAUGUCUGCUGCCGGCUCAGACGAGAGUGUUCCCUCCACCAUUGGAGCCCCUGGCGUACUUGGGUUGCCGCCGAGGCCCAGCUGCAGGGAUAGGAGCAGCAGAGAGCCGAGCAGGACUCUUCCUAUGGCCAUGGUGCCGAACAGGUUCUGAGGAUGGAGAGGUCCUGCGCUCUCAAUUUAUCCCCAUCUGGGCUGGGAAAUAACCUCCUCACUGCCGGAUGCUGUAUGGGCACGAAGGCCCCAUGUCCCCCAUCAGCUUGUCUCCUACAUCCUCAGACCCAGGCAGGCCAACUCCCUCUGUCCCACAUUCUUUCCUUCUAAGAGUUAAGGGCUCACCCCCUCAUCCAGACAUUCCAUAGGUUUCUGACACCCCCUCCACACCUUGAUUUAAGAGUUGAAGCGGCAGCCAGGGCCCAGCCCAGGGUGAGCAACCAGGGUCCCUGCCCCACUGUCCCACCUGCCAUCUGGAAGGAGAGGUGGGGGGGGAGGUUCUGUGGGGCCCCUUCCCAUUCAAGCAGGGUGCUGAGGUUCAGGAGCCCCUGUGUUGGGCACCAGGCGGAACGGAUAUGUUGGGGGGGCAGGGAGCGGGAGCAGGGAAGAGGUGGUUUGGCAGGUGAAUUAGCUAAUGGGGACUCAUCCAUCAUGGCUCCAGCCUAGAGGAUUAAGACAUCAUUCCCCUGUGUCUGGGCCUGGCUGAGCCAGUGUCAAAACAGGAAAAGGGAGAGGCUCCAGGACAGCCAAGAGUUGGGACACAAGGGGCCGGAAGCUCACCCUGCAGGGACUCCUGCCUCUAGAAGGCCCACCUGAGGACCCUGGGACUCAGCCGGUCCUGGUGUCCAGAGCAUCAGCAAGAAGGGAGGUUGGCUCCCGCUGAGUCUUGGAGGCAGUUGCAGGUCACAGUGACUUCCAUACUCUGCCCCUGUGGCCCCUGGGAAGUGAAACUGUCCCUUACCUCUGAAAGGAGGCUAAUCAGUCCCUCCCACAUGAGGUUCUGAGGACAGUGAUUAACAUGGUGUUUGGCACUGAGGAGCUUGGGAGAGCUUUUGAGGCGAAGGAAAUUCAAAUAGCUUUUGCAUGUUUGAAGAGGUGCGCGACCUCACACAGGUGAGAUGAGUUAAAACUUGACUCGGAACCCAAGAUGGGCAAAAAUCAGAGCUUGCUUUCACAUGGCUGGGGUGCACGCAUGACAUAGGUGCAUCCCCACACUGUGGGUGGGAGUGUAAGUUGGUAGCAGUUGAUACUGAAACUGCAAAUCCCAUCCCUUUGACCCCAAAACUGUUUCAGGAAUUUAUGAUUAGCAGGUGAACAGACACAAACUCAGGACUAUUCGCUGCUUUCUAUCAGCAAAAGAUCAGAAAUGACCGGAAAUCUACAUACAGGGGAUUGCUUCACUAAUUUGGUAUGGUGGUUCUUUGUUUUUGUUUUUUUUUUAAUACAUUUAAUGAUUUUUUUUACAGAGAGGAAGGGAGAGGGAUAGAGUUAGAAACAUCGUAGGGGAUGUGCCCGCAACCAAGGUACAUGCCUUUGACCAGAAUCGAACCUGGGACCCUUUAGUCCGCAGGCCGAAGCUCUAUCCACUGAUCCAAACCGGUUAGGGCUGGUGUGGUUGUUCUUAUUGCAGUACCUAUUGAGACUACUUUCAGAAAUAGUCCAGAGUCACCCAGAAUUAAACGCAGGCAGAAUUUGAACCCAGGUCCUGCUGAACACAUGGUCCCUGCUCCUAACCACUGAGGCAUAUGGCUUUACUGGUAGGUCACAGUCCAUAUGGCCGAUUAUAGGGGUAAAAAUCCCAGGGCAAAGGGUGAGAGCAUCUUUCCUGCUGCCCCAAAAAGGCCUGGUGGAAGUAUGGGGAGGGAGGUUGGACCGACCUGGGACAUUCCUAGGAAUUAGCCUGACAUCUCAGGCAUUCCCAUUUGACAGCCGAGGUCCUGUGGAACUGGGUGGGGAAGUUUUCCACCUGCAGUUUCCAGCCGAGGGCAAGAUAGAAAUCUGGAUCACUUGGGAUAGGGGUUCAAAAGUAGCACCUGCUGCCAAAUUUCAUUUCCAGCAGCAUUAUUGUCCAUGAAAUUGAACAGUCCUCCCACUACCGAACAUCUAGCAAUGCUGGAAAAAAUAAAUGCAUAACCAACUUGUAAGAAAGGGAAGCCCCAGAAACAUCACUGGGAAGCUGAAAAAGGUGCCAACAUCAGCAAUAAAAGGGGUUUGGGUUUUCACUGUCAUGUAAGGGACAGGGCCCUGAGCUGAGAACCAUCCCAAAUGGGCUCAGGCUGGGACUCGUGGGGCACCUGGUGGGAGCAAAGGCAAAACCCAUUUACAAGGACCAGCCUGUAGACCACCCAGGAGUCCCACAGAUAGAGCCCCAAGCUGGCCACCAGUUCCCCUAUCCAAGAUUACAAUCAGUCAUGAAGACCAGUCAGAAGAUAGAACAGGAAGCCUGUGAGCUUCAGGUGUUGAUGUGUCUGAUGAAAACUCUAAGAUGCUUAAAAUAAAAAUGUGAAAGGGAUGAAAAACAUUUAGAACAGUCUAGCCUGUGUGGCUCAGUGGUUGAGCAUCAACCUAUGAACCAGGAGGUCACAGUUCGAUUCCCAGUCAGGACACAUGCCUGGGAUGCGGGCUUGAUCCCCAGUGUGGGGCGUGUAGGAGGCAGCCAAUCAAUGAUCCUCAUCAUUGAUGUUUCUCUCUCUCUCUGAAAUCAAUAAAAAUAUAUUUAAAAAACACACACAUUAAGGACAAAACACUCAAAACAGACCAGCUGCCCUGGCCGGUGUGGCUCAGCUGGUUGAGCAUCAUCCUGUGCACCAGGGGAUUGCCAGUUUGAUAGCAGUCAGAGCACACAUCCAGGUGGCAGUUUUGAUUCCCCACUGGGGUGUGUACCAGAGGCAACCAAUCAAUAUAUUUCUCUCUGAUAGAUGUUUCUCCUCUAAAAUCAAUAAAAACAUUUUAAACUAGCCCUAGCCAGUUUGGCUCAGUGGGUAGAGUGUUAGCCUGCAGACCGAAGGGUCCCAGGUUUGAUUCCAGUCAAGGGCACAUGCCCGGAUUGCUGGUUUGAUCCCCAGUAGAGGGCAUGCAGGAGGCAGCCAAUCAAUGAUUCUCAUUUUGUUUCUCUCCCUCUCCCUUCCUCUCUGAAAUCAAUAAAAUUU